AUGGAGGUGCGCACUCCGCCCGCUGUAGGAUUCUUUCUCGACCAUGAAUACGUUUCCCAUACCCUCAGGCACAUUCGGAUUCUGAAACACAUCGAAGUACCCGACCGAGCUAAGCUCAAUCGCACCAGGCCUCAUCAAAGGCGUAGCAAUCUUACGUUGAAGACCCGACAGCGAUUCCAGAACCUCAAGCAAAAGCUGGCCAAAAUCACGGCAAAACUAGACCAGCUCGAGAACGUUCUCCAGCAGUACUUGAAGGAUCACAUGACUCACCGUCAUGGAAUUCUUUUGGGACUACUACAAACAAAGUUUGCCCGAGAACUUCGCAAUGAGGUAUACGGCUAUAUGAUAAGCGGCGACCAGUUGGCGAUCAGUAUCAAUCAUCAUGACCUGGUCGCGACUGCCUCGCCAGCAUUCGCCAUACCCGGCCACACGAUCGCAAGUCGUUCCAAGCACUUCCAGACGUCACUCACACGUGGUGGUUAUGGCCACUUACUCGAAGCGAGGGCGAUACUCAAGGACACGAUGCUGGAGCUAGCGCACGCAUGGUACAGGCUCUCCACGUUUCGUUUCAUGCAAGCCCACCACGUCAAUCUGUUCCUUGAAACCGAUUUUCAUGGCUUCGGCCUCGACACGCAGAAGCUAAUCCGGAGUAUUGAGGGUAAACUGUUCACCCCUGUUAUCUCGUCAGGCGAUUGUGACAAACUCGCUAAAGAUCUGGCUGAGCUUUACACGCUCAAGACUGGUGCCAACGUUCUGCUCAGCUUCCAGGCUAUACCGACAGACGCAGUGUUCAGGGCAAUGGCAGACCCCAGCGCAGCAGUCCCGCCCCAGGAUCUCGCACUCCUCUUUCCAGGCAUUCAGAACUUGAUUGCAGCCAAAUACCAUGUCACGGUGAAGCUGGGCUACCACUUGAAGUUCAAGGUUGUAAGCGAGGAGCUGACGGAAGAGUGUUGGAAGGAGAAAAUCGAGGAUAAUGACAAAGCCAUACUUGCGAAACGCGCCCUCCGUGAAUGA